AGUAAACCGAAAGCACUUUCACACACUGAAGAACUCGUAGUGUGAACUGACAGGAAUAGAUUCCCAGUCUCUCAUAGUCUGGGACUGCACAGAAAACCAAAGCAAAACAGAAAGGAAGCAGAAGUGAAACAAACAGUAAAUCUGCUCCAUAUGGCGACCAACAAGAGUAAGACGAGUCUCAGAGAAGAUCUGACAUGUGCCAUCUGCUAUGAGCUCUUCAAAGACCCAGUGAUGCUGGGCUGCAUGCAUCACUUCUGCAGGACAUGCAUUGUGUCAUACUGGAAGACGGUCAGGGGUCCUGUGUCCUGUCCUCAGUGCAGACAAGAGUUUCCCAACAAAUGUUUCCAGACCAACUACUUAGUAGCUGGCCUUGUGGAGAAGGUCAGAGCCAGCUCCACAUCUGCAUCUGCCAAGUAUCUGGAGAAGCAAUUAAAGGAACGUCUAGAAUCCCAGUUUUCCAUGAAAGACGCCUACGUCACUAUGAUCCGUGAGGACAAAGACAAGAUGGAGAAAAUAAAAAAAAUGGGAUCUGAGCUGCAGGGUCGAGUGCACAGUGACUUCCAGGCUCUGCAUCACUUCCUGCGGCUGGAGGAGGAAGCCAUGUUGGAGCAGUUGAAGAGUGAGCAAGAGGAAAUGCUGCAGAGGCUGGAGCGACAUCUGGAGGCCCUACAGGUGGCCAUCAGAGACGUGGAGCAGAACAUCAACAUGCUACGACAGACUGCCAGCAGCACAGACCAAUCUGUUCUUGUAGAGCUUCCAGAAUUGAACUACAAAUCACCAAUGCAAGAGCUGAAUAUCAACCUGAAUACUUUCAGAAGCAAACACAUUGCUCCUCUACAAUACACUAUGUGGCGAAAAAUGUUUCAACAUUUGAAUCCAGGCCCAGCACCAUUGAUAUUUGAUGAAGACACAGCUCAUCCCAGUCUACAGCUUUCCAGGAACAAAACCCAAGUCAUUGAGAGCGACAAAAUGACCAGUUACUUGUGUGAUGCCAAACGCUUCCUUCAGUGUGUCAACAUUCUUGCAACAGAAGGCUUCCAGUCAGGCAGGCAUUACUGGGAGGUGGAUGUAAGUAACAAUCCCAAAUGGGACCUGGGUGUUGCUGUGGAAUCGGUGAAUCGUCAGGUCAGAGUCAAGCUGUGCCCUGAGAAUGGGUACUGGACACUCCGGCUGCGCAAUGAUAGCCAGUACUCGGCCGGCACGCAGCCCUGGACACCCCUGAAUGUGAUAACCCCACCUAGCAGGAUUGGGGUUUUCCUGGACUGUGAGGAAAGGAAAGUGUCUUUUUAUAAUGCAGAUAACAUGGCGCUGCUGUAUUACUUCUCCAGCGGGCCGAGAGGAAAAGCAUUCCCCUUUUUUAGCACGUGCCUCAGGGAACGUGGUCAGAAAGCCCGAGCUAUCCGCAUCCUCCACUUCCCCUUUGAGUGUCCAUCAGAGAUGUAAAACAAAGCCUGUAGACACUCUAGUAACCUGAGCUGUGUUCAUGAGUCUGUACUUGUCUGAGGUUUUCAAUAUUUCACAUUUGGCUUCAUUUUUGAUACAUUAAAGCCAUGCAGCUCUCAAAAUGCUCAUCAGUCCUAAUGAGGUGAAUUUAUUUUGUUUGUAUUUCGUCAAACAGACAAAAUGAACCACACAAAAUUCUUAAUUGAUUUUUGUACCAGAUCUCUGUUGACCUUGUUUUUAGAGGAUAACUGAUGUUAAUUGAUGACACGAACAACAUUGCCAUAUUACCCACAGCUAAACUUUAUUUUAUUUUAAAAUCUGUUUUAGAAUUAAAUUGUAUAGAGUCUUUGGAAUGUAAAGCCUUUCGCCUGUGGUUCUUUCCUCUUUUUUUUUUUUUUUUUUUAAGCUAAUUACAAAUACUGAAGAAAUGGUAAAUAAAUAUUAUAUGGUUUAAAUCAGUCAAGGUUUUUAAUGUGUUUCAAAAAAAUUACAGCAGCACUCUUUGACAUGCAUGUUAUACAAUACUCUUUUCAUCAUUUCCUUUAUAGAUAUGCAAAGUAAUUAUAGAUAUUACUUGGAAAUUAAUUGAAAUACUUUGUUCUGUUCAGUGGGAUGUCCAGUUGUUUUCACUUUCAUCAUUGAAAUAUUGAGCAUGUUUCCAACUCCUGCUACAUCAGUAGUCAGUGUUUGUUUUGUCUGAAGUCAAUAAAUGUGAGCAUGCGUUA